AUGAAACAACUCCGGCUAAAUCGCGUUAAUAUUCCUGCUAAUGCUACAUGGAAGCAGAACGGAGUGACUAUUGCUGGAGGUAACGGGAGAGGGGAUGCCACUAAUCGACUCAGCUACCCUCUUGGUCUCUUCGUUGAUGAUGAUCAAACAGUGGUCAUUGCUGACUACAGGAAUCAUCGUAUCAUGCAAUGGAAGAACGGUGAUACAACGAAUGGACAAGUUGUUGCUGGUGGUAACGGCGGAGGAAAUGGAUUGAAUCAAUUGCAGUAUCCAACUGAUGUCUUAAUUGACAAAGAGACAGAUAGUCUCAUUAUUUGUGAAGGCAGACGAGUUGUACGAUGGUCUCGUCGUAGUGGUACAACACAAGGUGAAAUACUCAUCGACAACAUUGAUUGUUGGGGAUUAGCAAUGGAUGAGCAGAGAUAUCUCUACGUCUCUGACACAGAAAAACAUGAAGUAAGACGAUAUCAAUUGGGUGAGAAGAAUGGCACCCUCGUAGCUGGUGGUAAUGGUAAAUGGGAUGGACUCAAUCAACUUAACGAGCCGACAUAUCUCUUUGUCGAUCGACAACAGACUGUAUACGUAUCAGACAACAACAAUCAUCGUGUAAUGAAAUGGAAUAAGGGUGCAAAAGAAGGUAUUGUGGUCGCUGGAGGACAAGGCUGCGGGAAUGCUCUGACACAAUUACAUUGGGCUAAUGGAAUCUUCGUUGAUACGUUGGGUACACUCUAUGUAGCAGACACGGGGAAUCAUCGUGUCAUGCGUUGGACUCAAGGAAACAAGAAUCAAGGCACUGUAAUUGUGGGUGGAAAUGGCUAUGGAGCAGGAGCAAAUCAGUUUUACUUUCCCUAUGGUUUGUCUUUCGAUCGACAUGGUAAUCUCUAUGUCGCCGAUCGUGAUAAUAGUCGUGUUCAACGAUUUUCUAUCGAAUAA